GAAUUCGUUCCUUCUCUUUUCUUCAUCUCUUAGCUGGUGAUUCCUGUUCGCGUCUCUUAGGUUUCCGAUGGGAUUCCGGUGACGAUGGGUUCCGAAGGACGCAGCUUUGAUUCUCCGGUCGGUGUUCUGAAGGUGGGUUUUGAUUUGUGCUGAGGUUUUGGGGUUUUUCGAGUAAGAUGGUCGUACACUCGCUGGUCCACGUUUCGACUGGCCCGACGUUGUUGAAGUUGAAUGCCCUCCCUCGUAGCUCUCCGAAUUGCUUACCCUACCUCCCCGCGAAACCCCGGAAGCGAGAGCAUCGAAUCCGGGCCGCAUCCGCUGAUGCGGGGCACACCUAACAGCCCUCGCCUUCAUCCGAGAAGAAGAGCCCGAUUGCGGUUGUGUUGGAUGUUCCUCGUAUCAUUUGGCGGCAGACGUUGCGCCCGCUGAGUGAUUAUGGAUUCGGUCGGAGAAGCAUCUGGGAAGGCGGAGUUGGGUUGUUUCUGGUGUCGGGUGCCGUGCUUUUGGCGCUUAGUUUGGCUUGGUUGAGGGCAUUUCAAAUGCGUUCCAAGUUCAGGAAGUAUUUAGCUGUUUUUGAAUUCGCUCAGGCUUCGGGAAUCUGCACAGGAACACCUGUCAGGAUAAGAGGUGUAACUGUUGGAGAAGUUAUCCGCGUCAAUCCAUCAUUGAAAAAUAUUGAAGCAGUUGCUGAGGUUGAUGAUGAGAAGAAAAUCAUCCCUCGAAAUGCUCUGGUAGAGGUGAACCAGUCUGGUCUUCUGAUGGAGACUUUGAUUGACAUUACCCCUCGAGAUCCCAUUCCAACACCAUCAGUAGGACCUCUUCAUCGAGAAUGUGAUAAAGAGGGUCUCAUCAUUUGUGACAGGCAAAAAAUAAAGGGAUAUCAAGGUGUAAGUUUGGAUGCUUUAGUGGGCAUAUUCACCCGGCUUGGACGUGAAGUCGAGGAAAUUGGUGUUGCUAGAAGCUAUGCACUAGCUGAACGAGUUUCCUCAGUUAUUGAAGAUGCUAAGCCACUUUUAGCGAAGAUAGAAGCCAUGGCCGAAGAUGUCCAGCCUUUACUUGCUGAGGUUCGCGAUAGUGGUUUGCUGAAGGAAGUUGAGAGUUUGACAAGAAGCCUUACACAAGUCUCUGAAGAUUUGAGAAGGGUGCACUCGUCUAUCAUGACUCCAGAAAACACUGAACUGAUUCAGAAAUCCAUCUACACUCUAAUUUUCACGUUGAAGAACGUUGAGAGUAUAAGUUCUGAUAUAUUGGGAUUCACGGGCGAUGAGGCUACAAGACGAAAUUUGAAAUUGCUUAUAAAGUCCCUCAGCAGGCUAUUGUGAAGACUUGCCCACGAGACAAAGUGAUAUUCUGAAGGUGGCAUGCCUCUUACCAUAAUUUUUGGGUUCUGUUUCUGGUAAUUAGGGAGGUCAUGUGGCCGAAUCCUCUGUUUCUGAGGAUGGAUGGGAGGGACAGCUUAAUUAUUAUAAUUUUUUUGUCAUGGUUUGGGGGCCACGAGCAGAGUCUUAAAAAAAAAAAAAUAGAGGCUUCUGCUGCAACGAUUACCUUAUCAUGCUUUUGUUUGCUUUUUCGAGUUCAUUUUCCUCCACGACAGACAAUAUAAAAUCAUUUUGGCUGCAGUUGUGACUGACAUUCAUCCUGAGAUUUUACAGUCUUUGUGGUCAGCUUUUUGAUGUUAUAGAUUGUGGAAGCAUCUACCGUGUUGACCUCCCCUGACUUGGAUGGCAUGCUGGUCUUUUUGUAUGCAUUAACUCAAUAAAUCCUUUGGAUGAUUCCCUAAUCCCAAGCUUACUAUUUCUUAUU